AUGGCGACGGCCGCCUCCAACCACUACGGCCUGCUGGACCCGGCGGGCCCCAUGCAGCCGGCGCAGCAUCCCCCGCCGCCGCAGCCGCCGCCGCCGCAGCCGCCGCAGCCGCGCAGCAUCCCCCCCCCGCCGCCGCCGCCGCCGCCGCCGGCCGGGCUGGUGCCGGGCGACUACUCGCUGCAGAGCAACGGGCUCCCGCUCAGCCACGCGCACCAGUGGCUCGCCGCCCUGUCCCACGGGGACGGGGCCGCCUGGGCCGGCCAGCCCGACAUCAAGCCGGCCGUGCAGCAGGUGCAGCAGCAGGUGCAGCAGGUGCAGCAGCAGCAGCAGGUGCAGCAGCAGCCCGGACGGCAGGACGAGCUGCACGGCUCCGUCGGCUUGCAGCAGCAGCAGCAGCAGCUGGUGGUGCAUCACCCCGCCGGCCAUCACGCUCCCCCCGGAGCCUGGAGGGGGUCGUCGGGCCCCCUGCAGCCGGGCCACAACGGGGGGCUGCUGUACCCCCAGCCCGGCUUCCCGGUCAACGGCCUGCUGGGGGGCACGGGGCCGCUGCACCACCCCGGCCUGCGGGACGGGCGAGACGACCCCCCCGCCCCACCCCCACCCCCACCCCCCACCCCCCCGCCGCCGCCGCCGCCGCACCAUUCGCACCCGCGCCCCGGGGACUCGGACGAGGACACCCCGACGUCGGACGACCUGGAGCAGUUCGCCAAGCAGUUCAAGCAGCGCCGCAUCAAGCUGGGCUUCACCCAGGCCGACGUGGGGCUGGCCCUGGGCACCCUGUACGGCAACGUCUUCUCGCAGACCACCAUCUGCCGCUUCGAGGCCCUGCAGCUCAGCUUCAAGAACAUGUGCAAGCUGAAGCCGCUGCUCAACAAGUGGCUGGAGGAGGCCGACUCCUCCUCCGGCAGCCCCACCAGCAUAGACAAGAUCGCGGCCCAGGGCCGCAAGAGGAAAAAGAGGACCUCCAUCGAGGUGAGCGUCAAGGGCGCCCUGGAGAGCCACUUCCUCAAGUGCCCCAAGCCCUCGGCCCAGGAGAUCACCGGCCUGGCGGACAGCCUGCAGCUGGAGAAGGAGGUGGUCCGGGUCUGGUUUUGUAACAGGAGACAGAAGGAGAAAAGGAUGACGCCCCCCGGGGGGGCCCUGCCCGGCCCCGACGAGGCCUACGGGCCCGCCGCCGCCGCCGCCGCCGCCGCCGCCGGCAGGGACACUCCGCCCCACCACGCGCUGCCCACCCCCGUCCAGUGA